AUGGACACUCUUCAAUGGAAGAAAGUACUAUUUCUUGCUAUAAAGCAUAUCCAGAUGCCUAACCCCAGCAAUGGGUUUUAUUUGCUUCAAUUUGGAAAUGGUACAUCAGGAUCCCACUGGGAGAAAAGACUUUUAAUGAAUGAGAUAAUGACUGGCUCAGUGGAUACAAGAUCAGUAGUUUCAAAAAUGACCCUUGCUUUACUAGAGGCAGUGGAUGGUACCAUGCUAAUUACAGUGUGUCAGAUCGUCUUGACUGGGAUUUCAGGAUGUACAUAUAACAGGGAGGCAGAAGGUUACUGCUGUAUUGUAAGUUAUAGCAGGGAGCUUCCACAAUCGGCACGCUAUUUUCCAGAGGCUAACAAAGGCGCUCAGUCAUCAUUGGUUGAUUAUUGCACGUAUUUUGUUGCCUACUCUGAUGGAUCUUGUACUGCCACUAACAGUGCUAGGGCACCUGACAGGAUGUUGGGUGAGAUGCGGGGAAGUAGCUCAAGGUGUAUGGCCUCAUCAUUGGUGCGUAGUGGGUUUGUAAGGGGCUCUACAACCCAAGGAAAUGGUUGUUAUCAGCAUAGGUGUGUAAACAACACUCUGGAGGUUGCUGUGGAUGGCAUUUGGAAAGUAUGCCCUGAAUCUGGUGGACCUGUCACCUGUUCAAUGUCCCGGGUGAUUGUUGAGAAUGCAGGAAAAAGUAUAUUCCCAAUAUUGAUAAGAAAAAGCACUACAAUAUAUCAGCCAGAGAUUAAGCAGCUUGAACCAGGAAAUAUUCAGAUAAAACCUUCAAUGAUAAAGAUUGAGAUAGACCAAACAUUGCCGGUUAGACAAACGUUUAAUUCACUGAAGAUUGUUGAUGUUAGGGUUAUUAUAGACGAGGUGAAUGAGGAUUUUAGGAAGGAGAGAGUUUUGUUCAGGAGAGCAAAUAUAAAGAUAUCAGUUUAA